ACACAUACAGUAUUUGAGUCUGGGCAAGCCCGAUAAAGCAUAUUAUCACACAACAAAUGCAAAUUUUUCCGCUGCCAAGGUUUAAAAAUGAAGUGCCGAAUAUCGCGUGGUUAGACUGACAAACAAUCAUACAAUAACUUCUGCAGUAUACGAAAGUUAUUGUUUCACUCCAAGAGUAGUGUGAUAAAUUUUAUUCGCAAUGGUAGCAGUGGCAUCAAAAUGCCCAAUAUGUUCUAAUUCUGAGCAAGCGAGAAAUCGUGUUUGGAGGAAAUUGUAGAUUAGAUACUGAAGUUGGAGCAGUCAUGUAACAUUCAUGGUUUGAGAAUAUUUAUUUUCGCUGUUUGGAUAAUACUUGGCAAGGUUCAUUGAGGAAUUUCCAACAUUUACGACUAAAAUGCGUGUGUGCAGUUAUCUGCACAUUCAGUGCCCAUUCGUUUUUGUGUAGGACCUUGUUAUCGAUCUGUCGAUCGCGAUCUAUUUUGAAGAUUUUAGUCGAUCGCGGUCGAAAGCAGGUUGGUCACCCCUGAUUUAUACCACAUUGUAAGAAAUAUCACAUUUUAAAAUGUACAAAUCAGGUUAUAGUAGGAGCCUAAUAUUUACAUUUACUGACUUGAGUGACCAUUUAUUAUAGUAAUAUGAUUACAGGCAAAAACCUUUAUAUGAUGCUUUAACUGAAUUCGAGAAUUGAUAUGAUUUCGAUCGCAGUUUAACGGAUUAAUGAUCGGGAAAAAGGGUUUUCACUGAGUAUUAUAACGUAAUAUGUUGAUGUUCUUAUGAAAUUCGUUUGCACUCAGUCGCAAAUCUAAGAAAUAAUCCAGGCUCGCAUUUCAUUUUUACACUGAUCAAUUACUAGUCUUCUAAAAGUCAAAUUAAUUAGUCAGAUCAAAUUACUAUAGCAUGAAAUGUAUUGAAUGAGAAAACUUAAUUUUAUACUGUAAAUGCCAAUUUUUCCAUUCUACAAUUUGACCUUCUUAGCCUCAGACUGGGUGAAUCUCAUUGUAAACAAAUUCUUACCUUCCGAAUUCCCAGAACGUUAUUAACACUUGAAUAGUACACAAGCAUCGCUGUGGUAAUUACAAUCUCAAUAGAAUAGUUAUUGAGAACAAUUACGCAGUGAAUGCUUUAUAGUGCGUACUCUUCAUUCUUGAACCCAAAUUUAUAGAACGAAAAUGCAUAGUUUCGAAGAAUAGGCUUCUUUCAAUGAAACCUCAUCCUUACUGUGGUUUAGGCAGCUCCUCAUAUUCUCACAUAACGACACAAGAGAAUAACAGACAGUAUCCAAUCUUGCAACUUUAUAUGCGACAUAUAUCAAUAUUAUGAUAAGCUUUAGUGUGCAGUUACAUAAUUGCAAGAUAUAUUUGAGAACAGUUACCGUUACAACUUUCGUAUUUCGUUCACCAUUUCCAUAUUAGCAUGUAACACAUAUCUGUAAACUAAGGUUUUUAAGAACACUAAAGAAAAUUCUCGUUUAUAGGUUCGCCACUCACUAUGCUUACCUUUAUAUUACUAAUUUUUUCAUUUGCGAGUGCCGUUUCCACAGAUAAGUCAUGUCCAGAAGGAAGUAUUUAUACUGACUGUGAACCAUGCGGUGGAACAUGCGACAAUCCAAACCUGGAAUUUUAUGAUAUUGCAGAAGAUGGUAUGAGUAUUUGUUUCUCUCCAUGCGGUGUGGGUGAUUUCUGCACUUGCAAAUAUGGUUAUAUACCUAGAAGUUUGACAGACAAGACUUGCGUGAGAGAAGAACCUUGUGUGGAAGCAGCAAGAGCAAAAAAUGAGUUACAGUAAUAACAAGAAUAAAAAGAAGCUGAUGGCUAUCAAGAUGAUGCUUAUGAAAAUAUCGGAUCAAGCUUAUUUCAAAUAAAAGUUAUAUC